AUGUCAACCAGAAUGCAAUUUACAUUUAUGCUUGAACAUAAAAUCGUUUUACUUGGAAGCGGAGGUGUUGGGAAAAGUGCUCUGUAA